GCCUCUUUUCCACGUUAUUCAGUGACGAAUAAGAAAACUUAUACAGUUAAAAUGCAAUCCAGUAACAUGCAAGUUGGAGGUGACAAUCAAAUUGAUACUUUCUUGUUCACGUCAGAAUCUGUAGGAGAAGGACAUCCAGACAAAAUAUGCGAUCAGGUCAGCGAUGCCGUCUUGGAUGCCCACUUACGUCAAGAUCCAUAUGCAAAAGUUGCCUGCGAAACUGCUGCAAAGACUGGAAUGAUAAUGGUUUUGGGAGAAAUCACAUCGAAGGCCCAUGUUGAUUAUCAAAAAGUUGUCAGAGACACCAUCAAACACAUUGGUUACGACGAUUCUUCCAAAGGUUUUGAUUACAAAACUUGCAACGUAUUGUCAGCAUUGGAAGAGCAGAGUGCAGAUAUUGCUCAAGGUGUUCACGUUGGCCGUGACGAUGACAAUAUUGGAGCUGGUGAUCAGGGAAUUAUGUUUGGUUAUGCAACUGAUGAAACUGAUGAAUGCAUGCCCUUGACUGUUGUUUUAUCACACAAGCUAAAUGCUAAGAUAUCUGAAUUGAGACGCAACGGUGGUUUAUCAUGGGCACGUCCUGACAGCAAAACCCAAGUCACCGUUGAAUAUAGAAUGCAAAAGGGAGCUUGCGUACCCCUUAGAGUUCAUACUGUUGUUAUUUCAACACAACAUGACGAUAUAGUCACUCAAGAACAAUUAAAAGUCGAUUUAAUGGAAAAGGUCAUUAAACCAGUCAUUCCUGUUAAGUAUUUAGAUGACAAUACUGUCUAUCAUUUGAAUCCAUCUGGAAGAUUCGUUAUCGGUGGCCCACAAUCUGACGCCGGUUUGACAGGCAGAAAGAUCAUCGUCGACACCUACGGUGGCUGGGGAGCUCACGGUGGUGGAGCCUUCUCUGGUAAAGAUUUUUCUAAAGUAGACAGAUCAGCAGCUUACGCAGCUCGUUGGGUAGCCAAGUCUCUUGUUAAAGCUGGUCUCUGCAGACGUGUUUUGGUGCAAUUGUCAUAUGCUAUUGGAGUUGCCCAACCUCUUUCAAUCUUCUUGAGCAGCUAUGGAACUGGCAUUAAAACAGAUGAAGAAUUAUUAGAAAUUGUUAAAAAGAAUUUCGAUUUAAGACCAGGCCGUAUUGUUAAGGAUUUGGCUUUGAGAAAACCAAUAUACCAGAAAACAGCUGCAUAUGGUCACUUCGGCCGACCCGAGUUUUCUUGGGAACAACCGAAGAAGCUAGAAUAUUAA